UUCAAGCCUCUGUCAAACUUUUACGAAGAAGAAGGAAACGGCAGAACAUUACUAAUGUAGCUUCAUUUCUGUGUUUUAUUAUAAAAUUUCUCUUUAACCUAAUAAAGUUAAAUGAAUAAAUAGAGGUGGGGGGAGAUUAAAAGGAUAUAGAGGUGAAAUCAAAGCGCUGCUCAGGAUGUUGGCCACAGGAGCGGCUGUUACCACGGCGCUGGCCCAGGUGGACAGAGAGAAGAUCUACCAGUGGAUCAACGAGCUGUCCAGUCCAGAGACCAGAGAAAACGCUCUUCUGGAGCUCAGCAAGAAGAGAGAGUCUGUCCCUGACCUGGCCCCCAUGCUGUGGCACUCCUGUGGGACCAUCGCUGCCCUGCUGCAGGAAAUCGUCAACAUCUACCCCUCAAUCAACCCGCCGACGUUGACGGCCCAUCAGUCAAACCGAGUCUGUAACGCCCUCGCUCUGCUGCAGUGUGUGGCCUCACAUCCAGAGACGCGGUCGGCGUUCCUGGCCGCUCACAUCCCACUCUUCCUUUACCCGUUCUUGCACACCGUCAGUAAAACUCGCCCGUUUGAAUACCUCCGCCUCACCAGCUUAGGAGUCAUCGGUGCUUUAGUAAAAACAGACGAACAGGAAGUGAUCAACUUUCUGUUGACAACAGAGAUCAUUCCUUUGUGCCUUCGUAUCAUGGAGUCUGGCAGUGAGCUCUCCAAAACGGUUGCAACAUUCAUCCUGCAGAAGAUCCUCCUGGACGACACGGGGCUGGCCUACAUCUGUCAGACCUACGAACGCUUCUCUCACGUCGCCAUGAUUCUCGGUAAAAUGGUCCUCCAGCUGUCUAAAGAGCCAUCAGCUCGCCUCCUCAAACACGUGGUGAGAUGCUACCUUCGCCUGUCGGAUAACUCCAGAGCCCGUGAAGCUCUGCGUCAGUGCCUCCCCGACCAGCUCAAAGACACCACGUUCGCCGCCGUGCUGAAGGACGACACCACCACCAAACGCUGGCUGGCCCAGCUGGUGAAGAACCUGCAGGAGGGACAGGUGACCGACCCGCGGGGCAUCCCCCUCCCCACGCAGUGACUCUCAUCUUGCCCCCUUUAAGACAAAAACCAGCACAGACCUGCCUGAAGACAAAGCUCCAAUCAUGGUGGACGGCUCUGUUUUCAUCAAAGACUUUAAACAAAGACGGCGUCUCUGAGACGUUUUUCUGCUUCUCAGCGUUUCGGCUGAUUUACGAUCGACAUUAAAGUGACGCACAACGACUAAACAAUGUUUGGGGUUUUUAU